UGUCAAAAAAAGAGAGAAGAGACUGGCGAGACUUACCCACUCAAAACCUUACCCAUCUCUGUAAACCCAAGCUCCACCUUCUCCUCCGGUCACCGUCGAAAUUUCACAGUCCGUGUAGCUGGAGACCCCUCUGGAAGAAUGAAAUUCAGAAGUUAUGCGGGCAUUACAAAACCCAGUUUCUUGCUUGUACAUCCAGAGAUACCUGCCUUUGUGUAUUGUAAGUUCCAAUAUAAGCCCCACCUGACUGAUACGUCAUCGACUCUUGAAAUUCCAUGUUAUGGGAGAAGUACUGGACUGGCUACUAGGUUCCAAUGUGCUAUUGCGGAUAGGACUUUUGCAUCUGGAUCUGUAGAUUCAUCUGUGUCUAAGUUGGAAACUGUUGGUUUAGGCCGGAAGCAGAGACAUUCAUCGUCGUUGUAUAGUCGUCCUAGUUUAUUAGAGAUGAAGAACGAAAAGAUAGCAAAUCGAGCCAGGGUUUAUGAGUUCUUGAGGGGAAUUGGUAUUGUUCCAGAUGAGCUUGAUGGGUUGGAACUUCCUGUCACAGUAGAGGUCAUGAAGGAGCGUGUGGACUUUCUUCACAAAUUGGGGCUUACAAUCCAAGACAUAAAUAAUUACCCACUCAUUCUUGGUUGCAGUGUGAAGAAGAACAUGGUUCCAGUGCUUGACUACCUUGGAAAAUUGGGUGUUAGGAAAUCCACUUUCACAGAGUUUUUGAGAAGAUAUCCACAAGUUCUUCAUGCUAGUGUUGUUGUAGACCUUGCUCCAGUGGUCAAGUAUCUCCAAGGCUUGGAUAUCAAGCCAAAUGAUAUUCCUCGGGUUCUUGAGAGAUAUCCAGAGGUUCUGGGGUUUAAACUCGAGGGAACCAUGAGUACGUCAGUGGCCUAUUUGGUGGGAAUAGGGGUAGCAAGAAGGGAAAUUGGAGGUGUUUUAACCAGAGACCCUGAGAUUUUAGGGAUGCGGGUAGGCCGUGUGAUCAAGCCUUUUGUUGAAUAUCUUGAGAGCUUGGGUAUUCCAAGAUUAGCCGUGGCUAGAUUGGUAGAGAAGAGUCCUCACAUCCUUGGAUUUGAAUUGGCAGAUACAGUGAAACAAAAUGUUCAAUACUUGUUAGAAUUUAAUGUGAGGAAAUCAUCACUUCCUUCUGUAAUAGCACAAUAUCCUGAAAUAAUAGGAAUUGACUUGAAGCCUAAGCUUCAUAGUCAAAGGAAUUUGCUUUAUUCACUCAUUGGUUUGGGUCCUGAGGAUUUUGGCAGCGUCAUUGAAAAGAUGCCAAUGGUUGUUAGCCUCAAUGAUGCUCCAGUGCUAAAGCAUGUGGAUUUCCUUAAAGAAUGCGGAUUCUCCUUGGAACAAGUGAGGAAGAUGAUUGUAGGGUGUCCCCAAGUGCUGGCUUUGCAUCUUGACAUUAUGAAGCUUAGCUUUGACUACUACCCAGAGAUGCAAAGGCCUCUGGAUGAUUUGGAGGAAGAAUCUAAAGCAACAGCUUGA